CUAUGGUCUUUUUUCUUUUCUUUUCUUUCUUUCCGGCCGUCCAGACUUUUUUUUUCUUCAUACCUCCUGCCCAGCUAUCCGAAGAGGAACCUCAUCAAACAAAUACUAAACAUCCUAACACUCUACGGACAUACCUCCCUGUCCACCCCCCGGCCAAUAAAUUCAGGUACAACCCAUCCAUCAACACACCAUCUCCGUCUCAUUACGUACUCCAUCCCGACUUGUAUCGCACUUCAUCCUACAUCUCCCCAAUUCUUCUUCCAUCUUCUCCUUCUAUCCAUAGUCAAAUCAUCUCUUCUUACCUUUCCAAUCCACCUUUUACAAAACUUUACUCUCAAUAAGAUAUUUACUUAUCUACAGAUUUUGGUUCGAAUAACAGUCAAUUCGGCACCCAUCAAUUAUAAACGCCGUUCAAUCGCAAAGAUGAUCAACACACGCGCCGCCGCUGUGGUGCUCUCCGCCCUCACCCUCGUCUCUGCCCAAGCAAAUUCCAACUCAACCUUUACGAUCGAUCCCACCGAUGUCGACCUUUCGGAUCGCGUCAGUUGGUGUCAAGGGCAGACAGACAGUUGCAACACGCUUUGCGGAACAGUAAUACAGAACUCAUGUUCGACGGAUACUCUGGAUUUCCAGUGCGUUUGUCAGGGCGGCAACGAGCCGGAUAUGAAUGAAUUCAUGAACACGGUGCCUUGGUUCGUUUGCGAAAGACUUCAGAGCAACUGCAUCACGGAAAACGAGAACAACGCUGCCGGCCAGAAGAACUGCACCGAGACAUAUGGUGACAAAUGUGGCACGGAAGACGUGGACAAGCACCAGGGAGAGGGUAGCGUGAGCACGACUAGCAGUUCUAGUGCAGCUCCCAGUGGGACCGCUACUGCCGCCAGCUCGGCCGCUCCGAGUUCAUCUUCCUCCGAGGCUGCCGCCGUUCCAACCAAUAUUCAAUAUCUUGGAAAUGGUGCCGCCGCUGUGGCUCUCGGCAUGUUCGCCUACAUGCUCUAGAGAUGAAUAUAGGCGCGAGUUUCAUGGUUGCCAAAUUUGACAGCAUGCAUAGUUAUUAAUACGGAAUAAUUAUUUUGGUGGCCGUCGUUCCUUUCCCAUACAUUUUGAUAUUAGCAGCACUCCCCCCUAUACCCAAGUCAUGUUGUACGUGACAACCCUAAUUCACGAGGAGACGAUUCGAGUAUUUAUGAGCAAGCACACGUCGAUGGAAAUUAAUGUUGAGGAAGCUGUUGAGAGUAUAGUACUGGCAUUAACCACACCGCGACGCUGGUUAAUAAAGCUAUAAAAAAACCCUAUGAGUUGGUAGCUAUAGCAGAGACAGAACAAUAAAAGCCAUCAAAUGGUGCCAUUGGCUCCUUUGACAAACAAACCGGGCCGAG